UGUGUGUGUGUGUGUGCGGGUGUGUGUGAUCAUUAACUCAACGGAUCAAGGUGUUGAUCUUUGCUUUGUCCUUGUCACAGGAAAGAACCCGGCUGCUCUGACAACAACUUGAAUCCCUCGGGGCUUUUGUUUUAUUCUCCUCCUUCUGCUCUGACGCUUUCAUCGACUGCUCUCUCUCGGUAACUUCACCUGUUCACAAUCCACGCCACGCCUUUUUCACAGAAAGUGAAAGUGGAGAGGAGCAGUUCAAGCAACGAGAGGCGGCAGAGAGAGUUCACUCGGCUGAGUUACCGUACGCAGCUGCUGAUAUAAUCAAGAGGAUCGAGAUGUCGGACAUGACGGACAGGUCGACCGACGCCGCCGACGAGGACGCGGCGUCCCCCGGGAGCGACGGGGCGACGGCGACCAACGGCGAGGCGGCCAAGCCGACGCUGGGCGUGAUGAGGUCGUUCAGGAGGAGCAUUCGACGCGCGGCGGAGAGCAGCCCGCUUUUGCCGGGGCGCAAGGGGUCAAAGGUCACGCGCGGAGCAGACGCCGCCGGCGACGAGCCGGGGUCACGGCCGCCGCCGUCGCCCAGCCCGAGCGCCGGUUCUCCGGUUCCCUCUCCUCUGAAGAACAUCGGGAGCUUCUUCCAGAGAAGGGAGGACGAUGAGGGCGAGGUCACCUCACCGAGAGGCAAACCUCUGAAGCGUUCAAAGACAGACCCCAACAUGUCGGCGUCCAGCGACUCUUUCAUGAGGCGAUCGUUCCGCCGAAGCUUGAAACUCGGCACCAAGAAGGACAAGGACAGAGGCGGCCGACAGGAGCAGCUCGUCCCCGUCUCCGAGGGCUCGCGGGAGGACCGGGCGGAGGAGCAAGAGGCGGAGGCGGCGGAGGAGGAGAUGGAGGAGGUGGAGGAGGCGUACACGCUGCCAGAACUUCCCCACACACCGCUGUCAGUGAUGCAGAUCAGUAAGCUGAUCGACAUGGAGGUGCUGGAGGAGGCUCACCUGAACCUGCUCGCCCUGCGGCAGGAGCUCCGGCACGAGAUGGAGCGCUGCGGCGACGACUCGCCCAUAGAUCUGGUCAAGAAGGAGAAAGACCUCAACCUCCUCUACGGGGACCUGAGGAAGAAGGUCAACGCCAUAGUGCGCGACGCCAACUCCCUUCCCUCCAGGAACAAGGGCCUGCUGGUCCCCGUGGCCCGCAUCAUCCAGGAGGAGGAGAGGAGAGCCGGGGAACUGGGCGGGCUGCCGGACAGCUGGACGGAAGCCUGGAGGGAGGCGGUGGGCGAGGGGGCGCGGGCGAAGGUGGCGGGCGUGCACCUGGAGCCGAAGGAGCAGAACGCCUCCUGGCUGGCCGUUCACCUGGGGCUGCUGGGUAAGGCCAUCGUGGAGGACCUGGAGGGCGUGAGGAGGGAGCUGCGCUGGUCGUACCCGCCGAGCUUCAGAGUUUUCAGCACCUACGUGCGGAGCUACCACAGGGUCGUCGGGCAGCAUCUGAAGAGGCUGGAGCAGCAGGUGACGGAGCUGAAGGACCUGUACGCCCUGCUGGACUGGAUCAUCAACAGAUACAAGAGCGAGAGGAUCAUGGGAAGUCCGUCGCUGCAGCCGGACAUGAGGGACGAACGCUCCGACCUGCAGCUGGAGGGAAACUUCCUGCAGCAGCUGAAGGAGAAAUACUGCUGCAGAGUGAAGGUGGACAUGAGGUCGUCACUGGACAGAAUCACCGAACUGGAGAACGAGGAGUUCUGGAUGCAGAGCAAGCCUCCGGAGAAGGAGGAGGAGCUCCUCGUCUCCCCGAUCCACAUGGACAUCUGGACGAAAGUGAAGGGAAACGCCGUGAACUCUGGACAAAUCGAUGCCGAGCUGGAGCAGAGAGUCGUCGCCUCCUGCCUCCAGGAAUUGAAACUGUUCCCCAGGAGGUUCGAGGCGGAGCUCCGGCGUCACUGCAGCGCCCUCAAGCCGCAGGCUCCGUGGACCGAGUAUCAGAUGACCUACAUCAACAGCUUCACCGCUUUACAGCAGCACAUGGAGGGCUACCUGAGCGCCUGUCCGGGCGAGGUGGAGGACUUCCGGCGAGAGGUGGAGUGGCUGAGUGUGCGGCUCAUGCAGGGCCUGGAGGAGCAGUUCAAAGACGACGUGAAGCCGUACCUGAGGAGAAUGAUGACGAGGAAGUGGCUCACCGACGACGAGGACUUUGACCGGCUGCACAGUCGCGCCAGGCUCCUCUCUCACCACUGCAGCCUCAUGAGGCCUCAGCACGUCCAGGAGUUUGCGAGUCACUUGUACUACCACGUGGCGAGGGAAUACAUCGGCCAGCUAAUGAAGAAUAACUACUCCUGCAAGAACCGGAAACACGAGAAGGCUGCGGCCAAGAUCCGACGGCAGUGGGCUAAACUCGUGGAAGUGUUUGAGGACAUGGUGUCGUCUCACAAGUGGCUCUAUCCGGUAGGAGACGACCUGAGCGACAUCAUCGGACAGAAAAACAAGACGGACAUAAAGAACCACCUUGAACCCGUGGUGAAGCAUUACCCCGACUUCAGCUGAUGUUAGUUUCCGCCCAAGUAAAACCAAAUACCACAGGCACCGACAGCAUGGUAAAAAACAGAAAACAGACCGAUGAAGCCCGUCGGGCGCGACGGCGACGCUGGCAAGCAACAUGAAAAGCAUCGGCUUUAACAGAUCAGCCAUCCAGGAAACGCUGCUGUUGAUCCAGUAAUUUAUAAACUGCGGGAAACUCAGGGAAGGUCGGGGGGCCAGGGCCUGAGGAGCGAGCGGGGACUUCCCAAACAACACCGAUCACUUCUGGUUUAUUAGGAACUUGUUAAAGUGAAGCCUGCAAGCUAUGGUCCCGGUGGCGCAACACGCCUGUGACGAAAGGCAGCGGCUUUGUUGCGUCCAACAAAUAAUCAAGAGACUGUGACGCAACGGAGAGAAAAAUCCAACAUGAAGACAUUUGGGCCAACAUCUUCUUGAAAGAAAAUGUGUCUCAAAGUUUCCUCUUUGAGACGUGGAGGGAGAAAACAAAGUCGCUUCAGUGUGGACGUCAGAUUAAAGAUGGACCUCGUGGACCAAUCAAACAAACGGGGCUGUAAUCUGCUCUGAGUUAACGGUUGUGUCGACUCUCUGAAAUCAUGACUUAUUAACAUCUGAGUGCCACGUGCAUGUGUCUCCGCCUGCAGACAUGUGACAGGAUUAGUCAGUCACACCAGAGGAACGAACCAGGAGAGAGUGGUUACUGUCGGUCAUUGAUUUUUAGUCAAAUGAUUGUUAAAAAAUAUUCCUCUCUCAUAAGCUCCUUUGUCCAAAGGACAAUAAAUGCAAAAACUCACGGUUGAAAUCUUGAUUUUCU